AACAUCCAACUGUGAGAUCCUCCAGCACCCUACCGCACCCCAACCCCAGCAGUCAGCCCCCGACGCCCACCAGGUUUGUGGGAGGAGGGGCAGAGUUUGACUCCGAGGAAGAGAGAGGGGACCUUAUCCAUUUCUACAACAUGGUUUUCCUCAAGAACAUCCGCUCGUUUGCUAUGAAGUUUUCGGAGAAGACCGCAGACUCCAAGGAUCAACCCAAGUUGUCUCCCCUGCCAGCAGUCCGAUGUCUGACCAGCUCACCGCGACGAGUUUCCAACAUCCACCCUGUGUUUAUCUCCCCUCACAGAGGAGUGGUUCACCCCUACACCCGCGGCAUGUCUUACUCGUUUAACCUGAGCCCAUCCAAGGACCUGCAGGCUAUCAACAAGAUGAUCAGACAGGGAAUCAAGUCCACCACCAAGCGGGUCCUGGAAGUGGAUCAAGAGGACACAGUUCAAAGCCCAGCCAAGAGACUUGCCUCCGCCCACCCCUUCAUGCGACGGUUGCAAGAUCUGGGAUCACUAGAGAACCAGUAG